AUCUUUUUCCACAGGACUCACGGCACUGCGACACAGUUUCACACAUAUCUCCAGAGCGGACAGCCGAGCCAGGUGCCGGGGGCGGAACGAGACGACACAAGUCGAAUUGCACGACCACACACGUGAGCGAUGGAGCAGCAGCAGAUCGCGCAGUCGGCGGUGUCUUUGGCUGUAGACGUGAAGGCGGAGGAGACCCAGGCCGAGCCAGAGCCGCAGCUUGACGCAGCUGUGGGGAGCCCCACGGACGACGCGAAUAAGAGCAAGAAGAAGAAGAAAAAGAAGAAGAAGAACAGGCGAAAAAGCUUGGAGAAGGUGGAGGUGGAGGAGCUCAAGGCAGACAAGUCGGAGCCCGAAGAGGAAGAAAUGACGAACCAGGAAGAGGCUGCUAUUGAGGAGAGUGCUGUAGUGGAAGUGGCUUCAGUGGCCUCGGAGACUACUGUGACUAACCAAACAACAGUGGAGAGUACUGUCACUAUGGAGACCACAAUGGAGAGUACCGUGACGGAGGCGAGCGCCGAAAUGGAGGAGGCUUCUAAUGAGAAGGAAACUGUACAGACGGAGCACAAUGAGGACUCAAACCAGAAGAAGGAGAGUGCCAUGACGGAUACUGUAGCUGAGGAGACUCUAGUGGAGAAUACCGUCACCGAGGAGACUACAGUGGAGAGUACCGUGGCGACAGAUAGAAUCGAGACUGAGCAGGCUUCUAUUGAGAAGGAAACUGUGGAAAUUGAGCACCAUGCGGACUCGGAUCAGAAGCAGGAGACUACAGCUAGUGACGACGAGUUGGCUCCUCCGAAUCUUGAGCGGACGUCGUCCUUGGAUACACUCAAGGCGACGGGAACGAAAGCUGUUGGCUCACUGUUCUCAAGGUUCAAAGUGGGUCGUAAGAAGCCGCUUCCAAGUCGCACCGACUCGGCCGCUCAGUUGGAGUUGGCAGUUCCGUCUCCAGUGAAGACGGCGGUCAAGAAGCUGGAAAUUCCCGAGGAGAAGAACCUGGACGACCUGCCCAUGCGUACAAAGAGGGAUUUCUUCGGAGAGGGUGAGCAGAGUAUCCACGUGAGUGCUGAGAAGGAGAAAUACGAUACACUGGAGAAGCAGAGGAAGACGGAGAAAGAAGCGGAAGAGGCUGCAAUCGCAGCCCGACGCACUCCACCGUCAAGUUCGGGGUCAAAUUCAGAGGUUCAAGCUCAACUCGAAGCGGCCAAGGAACAGAUUCAAGCUACUAGCUCGAUGGUAGAGGAAACUACAGUGACUGCAGAGACAGAGAGUACUGUGGUUAUCGACAACACUGCGGAGGGAGUGACGGACGAAGUGGCCACUUCAACGAGUGAAGGUACAGUUGAAGAAGAGGUUAAAUCUGACGAUGUCCUCAUUCCUGCAUCAAUGGACAAAGACGAAUCUACUUUUGGAGAGGAAGCACCAGUCACGCUGGAAACUACUGAUACUAUUGAGCAGGAGGCCACUACAGAGGUGGAACAUGGUAUCAUGGCUUCAGUAACUGAGACCGCUGUGAACACCACGACGGAAGUAAUGCAAUACAGCACCGAUGACAUGUCGAAGUCUACAUCACAGAAGCUUGAGCUUGACCUCGAACCGCGUACUGCAGCUCAGAGCGACGUAGUUUCGACAGAAAAUACUGAAGUAUUGUCCGUGAAGAUUACGCCGCCAACAUCCGAGCUUCCUGCGGAUACUACGCCACCAGCAGAGCCUGAGAAAAUGUCGCCUGUCAAGAGUCUUGCCAGUCGCUUUGAAGGCAAACGUGAGCAAUCUUUAGACAGUCUGAAGUUCCGCACUGUACGCGAGUUUUUCCCUACGGAGCGCAGCAUCCGCGUCGGUGCAGAGAAGCAGAAGUACGAAGCACAAGCGCAGCAGCAGCAACUGAAGGCGAAGGCAGAAGAAGAAGCCAAAUCCAAGUACAAAGCCAGUGUCAAGUCUCCCGUCAAGGAAGCUGCGGCAUCCGAACUUAAGACGUCAGAGUCUGUAGCACCAGCUACUGCUACUGAGACCGAUGGAUUCACUACUCCCGAUGGAGCUUCCAGUAGGAAAAAGAUGAGCUUUGAUGAAGGCUAUUCGUCUGCCAACUCCCCCAGCAAGUUCAGUGACGAGGCUCUAACUCCAGUCAAGAGCAUUGCCAGUCGCUUUGAAGGCAAACGCGAGCAAUCGCUCGACAGUCUAAAAUUCCGCACAGUUCGCGAGUUCUUCCCCGAGGAGCGCAGUGUCCGCGUCGGCUCGGAGAAGCAGAAGUUCGAAGCCCAAGCGCAGCAGGAUAACUCUCUCGAUAAGCUCAAGUUCCGUACUGUCCGCGAGUUUUUUCCCGAGGAAGGCAAGCGGAGUGUUCACGUGGGCGCUGAAAAGGCAAAGUUUGAGGCGAUUACAAAGCAACAGGAGGAAGCGAAGGCCGCAGAGUUGAAGUUGAAGCACGCUGCACCUCAGAAGAGUGACAGUACGGAGGUUUCGAGUGUUGAAGCAACGAUCGAUACGUCUUCGGAUCUUGGCAAGGCUCAAGAUGAGGUGGUAACAAGUGCUGCUGCUACAUCAGAAUUGAAAGAUGAGGAUGCCAGCGCGGUCGAAAAUACUGUUGCAGUUGAAGCUGACGAGAGUUUAACGACGACUAUUGUGGAAGAAACUUCGGCGGAGGAAGAGAUUGGUAAUGCCUCGCCUUCUGUAGAUGCUGACGCUGCUGUUAUCAAGAACGAGGAUACAUCUGCUCAGUCUACUGAGAGCCAAGUGGACGAUGCCAAGAGUACUGACCUGGUUUCUCCAGUAACCAGCGAAGAGAUCCCUAUGAGCGAGGUGAUCGAGGGUCAGCAGCCAGUCAAGGAUACUGAAGUGUCUGUCGCGGUUGGUAGUGAUUAUAUCGCUGCGAGUGAUGAGGUUGAGAUGGAGCAGCCUGAUGAACCCCAGAUGUCUAUUGUGGAAGCUGAAGUGACGAAGGAGGAAGAUGUUGUGGAUAUUGAAGAUACUACAAACCAAGACGAACCUGCAGAUGCUGAUAUUCCUGAAGAACCUGUUUCCAACGGCCAGAUCAGCGCAGAUAUCAAGCAGACUGAGACCCAAGAAUCAGCCAACGACGUGGUUAUCGAUGAUCUAGCAGAGUCAAGCGUCGAAGCAUCCAGUGCACUUGUCAACGAGGUCACUGUGGAGCCUGAAAAGCCCCAAGAACCGGUCGGGACUGUGGCAGAAGACACGACUACUGAGCUGGUUGAGUUGGAUCUGGGCGAGCAGGUCCAAGACGAUCAUACCAUUGAUUCGUCGGCCACUGCUACAAUCGAAAGCGCUACUACCAUCACCGAAGCCGAUGUUUUGGACGUUCAGCAACCCACUGAAGCACAAGAAGCAGCGCCAGAAAAUCAGCCGGAGGUAGAGAAAAGCGCUUCAAGUGGUGACAAUGGACUGGUUGAGUUGGAUCUCGGAGAACCAGUGGUUGAACCUCCGAGCGUACACUCGAACCAAGGACCCAAUUCGAGACGUGCUAUGCUCACUACGGAGCGAUCGUUUGUGAUGGAGAAGGAUGACACCAUCGAGAUGGAGGACACGGUAGUUGUUGGCGAACGCCCCAUGACAGACGGAGAGGACGAGUUUGAGCCUCUAUCACCGACAAAAAGACGCCCAGCGCACGAGUUGUAUGCUGGAAUAUCAUCAAAGAAGGAGCUGAAGAAGAAGAACUCGACCCCGAAGUUGACUCGCAAGGUUUCUGUUGGUUCAGUGGGCUCUGCCAAGUCUUCCUCGUCUAAAACUACAGUUCCCGUGCCGAUGAAGCGUGCAUCAAUCACUGCUCCAACUGCGUCGUACAAGGCCAAGAAGGCAGCAGAAACAGAGGAGCACAAGGCAUCGCAGUUGAAGAAACAGGGCUCAGCAUCUAAACUCAAAGCAUCGUCUCCUACCGUGCCGAUCCCAAUGAAGCGAGCGUCUAUCACAGCCCCCACUGCGUCGUACAAGGCGAGAAAAGCUGCAGAAGAAGAAGCGCAUCGACCAUCUCCUCAGCCAAAGAAGUCGAAGAAGAAGGGCGAGGUGAGUGAGACCGGAUUCAUUAAACCUCCGCCAGCAGCUCCUACUGUUCCUGUCCCCAUGAGGAGAGCGUCUAUCACCGCACCGACUGCUUCAUGGCAAGCCAGGAACGUCUCUGAUCAGUCUACUACCGACACUGCUCCAAAGAUCCACGCAAAGCCUUCGCCUACUGUUCCUGUAGCUCCAAGGCGUGCAUCGAUCAUGGCACCAACCGCCUCAUUCAAGGCUAAGAAGACAACAGAGGAAGUCGAAGCCGCAGCUCCAGCUCGGAAUAAACGGUACUCGAACGUCAAGAGUAAGGUCCUUGAAGGUAUCCAGACUGGAACGACCCACACUGUGACCCACAAAAAGAUCACGAAGGAGGAGUUUAUCGCUGCUGAACGUCGCAAAAGUCUGGGAUCUGCUGGUGUACGCAGCGUAUUGGACGCUGUGGAUCGCCGAGCGUCACUCACUGCUCGAGCGACAAUCGAUGGCCCCCCUGAGCCUUUUAUCCGCUCAGCUGUCUCACGUAAGAAACUGAACUCUACUAUGCCUCGGUACUUGAACUACGAGAAUGCACCGGGAUACGCUGAGCGUGCUCGAAAGCAGUACGAGCGUCGUAAACGACUGGAAGAGGAGAAUGCUGCCAAGUCCGAGAAGCGUCAACGAGAGUUGCGAACUUUUUUCAACGAGCGCCAACAGAAGUCGAUGAUGUCGAGUGCAGAGGAAGUUCGUCGUGGCUUGGAGGCUCACGAGUUCACGCAGUUGGUGAAGGAGAGCGAACUGGAAGCGCAAAAGGCUUUGAGGAGAGACAAGCAGCGCAUGCGCUCUACCCGCAGCCACAACCGAGCUCCGUCGACUACUUCUGCCACAUCGUCGAGUGGUGUAGCGUCUCGUACAUCGAAGAAAUCGACCGUGUCAUCUGCGUCUGUAGAAGAGAAGGUUGUGGCGGUUCCUGAGCUGGAAUCGGUUGUAAUUGAGGCUGAGGAAGUGGAGACAACGGAGACCAUCGAAGUGACAAAGGAGAUUGUUACAGAGCAGGAAAGCGUCGUUGAGACGGUGCAAGUUCAAGAGCAGACCAUUGCAGUUGUGGACGAAGACCCGGAGUUGAACCACGUGGCCAAGAAGAUCGACUUUGAUGAAGCGAGCAGCGACAGUGAGAGGGAUGUGGCGAACGAGUAGGCUAGCAGAGAAACGGUAGGACUGUUUGCCCUGGGUUUGAUGUGUAGUGAUGCGUGAUGCGUAAUGUUAGUCAGCUAAGCUCUUUCUUAAUCUACACAAAAACCUAAACUCCUACAUGCACUUCAAUAGUGUGGUAGAAUUUUACAACAGUAGCAUGAAAAGUUUAAGAGAACUCUUUCAUUCUUGAAUUUGCAAUCAG